UCCAAGGCACUCGGUGUGUAUUCCUGAACGCCGCCUAAAAGCAUCGACAGGUGUCUCUUUUUUUUCUCUCUUCAAAUCAUAGAUGUGAACGAGGCAUAAAUAAGAGAACAUGAAAAGCAAGAUCUCACUUUCCGUAAUAAAUGCAUCGAAUUUUUAUUGCGUUUGUAAAAGAAAAGGAUUUAUCAUUAUAAACAAAUACCGAUAUUUCGAAUUUCGAUUACUGACGAAAAUAUGACGGAGCACACCGUCGAAAUUCCUACCGACGAAUUGUCGGAGUUGGAGGAGAAACAGAGAAUGAUCGAUAGAGCGCCUUUUGAUGGAUUAAAAAUUAAAGAUACCAGCACAUUAGAGCUGGUCCAAUUUAGAAGUACAUGCAAUUUGUGUCACAAGUCACGGAAAUUCUUCUGCUACUCCUGUUAUCAUCCUGUCAUCCCACGCUUAUAUUAUCCACAAGUGAAGCUACCAAUUAAAAUCGACAUUAUUAAGCAUUCUCGCGAGAUAGAUGGCAAAAGCACAGCUGUCCAUGCUGCAAUACUUGCGCCAACUGAUGUAAAAAUCUAUACGUAUCCGGAUUUUCCAGAGACAUUAAAUAAAGAAGAUACUGUAUUGGUUUUUCCUUGCAAAGAUAGCAUGAAGAAUUUAAGUGUUGAGGAUCUUUUUACAAGAGAAGAGAAAAAAUGCAAUGCCUCAGUGAAAACACCUGAGACUGUGUUUCCUAUAAAAAGAGCCAUUUUCAUUGAUAGCACAUGGCAACAAACAAAAUCAAUAUACAAAGACCAAAGAUUGAGAGAACUACCUUGUGUCAUAUUAAAGUCAAGGAUUUCUCAAUUUUGGCGUCAUCAAAAGAAAAGUCCGAGAUGGUAUUUAGCAACAAUUGAAGCAAUUCAUCAGUUUUUAGUGGAAUUACACACAUGUGCCCUUGGAGUGGAUGAAGAUUAUGAUAAGUUUGAUUCAUCGGUAACAAAUUAUUUAGACAAAGAUGUAAUCAAUAGUGAAGAGAUGAUGCAGAAGUACAAUGGACAGUAUGACAAUCUUUUAUACUUCUUUAAGUUUAUGUAUGACAAAAUUCAUUCCAUGUACAAUCACAAUAAGUUACAGGCUUAUAAAAGACCACUCGCAUAACCAUAUUUUUUUCUUGUAUUAAUAAGUUUGUUUGCAUUUAAUCAAAUACUAAUAAUAUUUACAUUAUGUAAAUAAUAAUAUUUACAUCUCUGCAAAACCUAUUCUAAAAAAUUGAGAUACAUUAUUCGCUUAUAAUUAUAUGAAGAAGAUAUUAAAUUCAAUGCAAUUUCACAAAAUUUUAAAGAACAGUUCUAAAUCAUAAUUGUGUAAAUAUUUCGAGAUUCUUAUUUUCUAAAAAUAUGUGACAAGAUAUGUAUUUUUUAAUAUUUGAAAAUAUGUUAUCACUUUUUCUUUUUGUAAUUAAAGAGCAAAGAAUGUAACAAAAAAUAAGGACAGUAUUUUUUAAAUAUUUUAUAUUAUAAUGUCAAACAUACUUUAUUCUUAUAGAAGAAUGUUAAAAACUUUUUAUAUUAUAUUAUUGUAAAUUAUAAACAUCAAAUACUUGUGUGUGUGUGUGUGUGUGUGUGUGUAUAUAUAUUGAAAUUUAAAUAUCUAUAUAUAUUUUAUAAUAUAGAUAAUACUAUUUUAUAUGUUGAAAUGUUAAACAUAUUUGGUCAAAUUGAUUUCCCAGGAAACAGAAAUGGAUUCAUAUGGUCAUUGCCGAAUCCAAACUCUUGAUUUUUUUAAUUCAUUUCAAUCCAAAAAACGUUUCCGUGAAUCCUGCAAUCCAUUUUAAUGUAUGACAUAGGGUUGAAAAGAUGUAAUUGUUAUUCUUUAAUCCAAAAUGUAUUCAAAUGAAUUAAAAUGGAUUACAUAUUUUCAUUCCAUUUAAAUUCAUUUCUACUUAUUGGGUUGUAACAUUUGUCUAUUGUCCUCUCUUAAUAAACUUCUUCCUUACAAUUUU